AUGACCAAACAAGCCACAAGGAAGACAAAGAAUGUCUUUCAACAGAUGGCGGGAUGUUUCAAAAAGUCGGAUCAUAAAACCAAGAUCAAGUACAACGAACAUUUGAUCAACAAGCGAAAGCGAGAAUUCGGAAUCGCUUACAUGAAUCUCGUUCUCAAGAAUGCCAGCGAACAAGAGCUUCGACUCGAAAAGGAGGGAUGUCUAAAAGAUAUCGAUAAAUUGGUGAAAGAAAUAGAGGAGCUCGAAACAAAAGUGGAGCAAGUGGAUGUAGAAACACGAUCCAAGAUUCAUCGGGAGCCAUCCACUUCCAAUCCCACCAUUGAACAAACAGGUGUCUAA